AUGUCGAGCUACAACAAACUGCCCUCUUCACGAAGUACUCGGGUGCUGAACUUCAAACCGACGCCAGGCUCGAAUAUUGACGACUACGAGACUCUCGGCGACCCCUCCCAUGAACCAGACAAUGGAGCUGUGCACUGCGAAUGGUCGGUGAUAUCAGUGGACGACCCAGGUCCCUACUUUGCCCUAUCCUACGUCUGGGGGGAUCCAAAUGUCAGGGAACACGACUUGAUUUGCAACGGACGACUUAUUAGAAUCACAUAUAACCUCUGGGUUGCGUUGAAAGCAGUUUGGCAGAAGUUUCCGACAAGGAGACUAUGGGUUGAUGCGGUUUGCAUCAACCAGGACGAUAUACCGGAGCGGAAUCAGCAAGUUGCGAUGAUGGGCGAUAUCUACAGUCGAGCAGAAUGUGUCGCUGUCUGGGUCGGAGAGGCAACGCCCCAUAGCGAUGAUUUCUUCAAAAUAGUCGAGGUCGUCAAAGCCGGCGACAUGUUGACACCGGGCAAUUGUCCAAAUCUCAUAAACAGUCGCAAGAAGACUCAGGAUUCCGAGCGCGACUUCAUGUAUCACCUCCUUGACUGCGCUACCGAUAUCGUCCGCCGGCCGUGGUUCAUACGGGCUUGGACUUUCCAAGAAAUCCGACUCUCUAAGAAGGCGAGUAUGCAUUGCGGCUCACACAUAGCUCCGAUAGGAGACUUCGUCGACACUGUCACAGCGAUCAACCGCUUCAGCACACUGCAUGAUUUCUGCGGCGCGCGAACCGUGAACAUACCAUUUUUCGCCGCUAAAACUAGUUUCAUGUCGCUGUAUCGUCUCCUCGCGCAGUCACAAUAUCGCGCGUCGUCGGAUCCCCGGGAUAAAAUAUAUUCCCUGCUUUCGAUGCUACCCCACGGCGCAUACGACUUCAUAAAACCGGACUACUCUUUGACAUAUGAAGAAGUAUUUGCACAUGCCUGCAGAGUGUGCAUCGAGGUGGACAAUGAAAUGAAUGUCCUGGGCGGCGCUGGGCUCCAAUAUCAUCCUAGCGAAGGCGACCCCCGCAGCAAUCUCCCUUCUUGGACUGUCGAUUGGAGAGUUCGGAAUGAUAAUAUAUCUUACUGGCAAAAGCUCUCCAGGACUAUCAACAUCGCCAACCCCGAGGCGCUUAGCAUUCGCAAUGAACUGGGCACGAAACUCGACCCGACCAGCAGAAAGAUCCAUAUUCCGGGGACCGCCCUUGGGAGGUUCAGAGUCUACGAGACGAAAAGCUUAGCCUUCCUGACGCCUUUCCCCAAAUGCGCAAUGAAAAUAUCCCGAGGAGACUCCCCAAAGGAGGGCUUCCUGAUGCAAUGCGCUCGCAAACUCAAGUCCACGAUCACAAAAUGGACACCGUCAUCCGUUGUUAGACUUUCCGACAGCGACUUCGCUGCCCUCUGGCGAGGCCUUGCAUUACACGACAAUCAGCAAUGCAAGUGUAGGUCCGCUACCAAGAGCGAAGCCUUGUACAAGCUCCAAGAUAUGCCCGGGGGGCUGAAGACAGGCGAUUGGUUAUGGACCACGAAGAUCGAGGAAGAAAUGGAGGAAUUUAGCCCUGCAAGUAGAGAGCACAAAGAUGAAAUUCACCAUUUCCAUUAUGGACUGCGCCCCGUCGAAGGAUCCGAGCCGUGCUUCCAGCUUGUUGGAAUGACGAACGGUCUUAGCGAGGUUGGCCCAUAUGUCGACAGAACAGGCAGAGGGGCUUCUGUGAAGAUCCAGGCUAAAUUCCUGUUUAUAUGA